AUGGAGUCUGGACCAUCAGGCAUAGCCCUCACCCGGCUACCAUCCACCACCACUGGAUCACAGCACUCUCAAUCUCCCGCCGAAGAUCCCUCACAAUCUACAGCUUUACGUCCAGUUUCCAGAAAUCGGCAAAUUCUCGUCCUUGUCUCCUCUUUCCUUACCAUCGUCAUCACAAUCGGCCUCAACCAAUCAUAUGGUGUCUUCCAAUCCUAUUACAUAUGUCCCUCUCAAACCAUUUUGAAAUCAGCGGAUAACUCUCCCGCUCUGGUAGCGUUCGUUGGAACACUGGCUUCUGGCCUGACUUGGUCGGGGAGCAUCUUCAUCAAUCCGAUGCUUACACGUAUUUCACUGCCUCAGCUGCGACAAUUGUGUAUUCUAGGCGUAUUGUUGAUGAGCUUGGGGUUUGGGCUGGCAAGCAUCUCAUCUACGGUGUGGCAGUUGCUGCUUACCCAAGGAUUGCUUUAUGGUGUUGGAUCAUCGCUGUUGUAUUUCCCAAUUCUGAGCUCUGCUCCAGAAUACUUCAAUGAGCGGAGAGGAGCUGCAAUGGGAUUCAUUCUCUCUGGCGCAGGAAUAGGCGGACUGGUAUUCUCACCACUCGUACGAGCUCUCCUUUCCAGCAUUGGCCCACGCUGGACACUGCGAGCUCUCGCUCUAAUCGUCCUCAUUGUCUCCCUCCCCAUCGCCGUCUCUGCCUCUCCAUCCCGCUUCCUCGGCAGAAGACCCACGCACGUUGAUCUCAAAAUGGCUGUCAAGCCCACUUUCUUAGUCUCAGUUUGCGCAGGUUUCCUGCAAUCGGGCGGGAAUGGCCUCCCUUUAACAUUCCUUGCUGAAUACAGCGUAGCUCUUGGCUACACCGCUGCAUUCGGCGCUAAUCUUUUGGCCGUGAAUAAUGCUGUGAAUGCCAUUGGACGGGUCCUGACGGGGUGGAUUGGUGAUCGCGUUGGGAGGCAAAACACAUUGUGUAGUACGUGCUUGUUGUGUGUUGCUGCUGUGGCGGGAUUGUGGUUGGGGAGCAUUGGGGAUGGGGGAAAGAAGGGGCUGUGGCUUGCUUUUGUGGUUAUCUAUGGGAUGGCUGGGGGUGGGUACAAUGCUUUGUUCCCAACUACUAUCGCAGAAGUCUUUGGUUUGCAAGCAUAUGCCAGUGUCAACGGCUUCAUCUACUUCGUUCGUGGUCUUGGUACGAUGUUCGGGUCUCCUGUUGGUGGUCAGAUUCUUGGAGAGAGCAAGUUGGGUAAUUAUAGAGAGGUCAUCAUUUUUGAUGCCCUGUUACUGGCUGGAGCUACGGUAUGUGUAGUGGCCGUCAGGGGUCUUGAUGCUGCUGAAAAGCGGGCGUGGAAAUGGAGGGCAUAA